UAUAGGCAAUCCCGACCUCUCCUCUCCUCUCCUCCCUUCUCAUCCGCACCCUCGUCCUCGCCCUGAUCCAGUUCCCCAAUCCCUCGCCUGAUCGCUCCAUUCCUCGUCGUCUUCUCCGAGCCAAAGCGAUCUAAGCGGAGCCGUGAUCCGAUCCACGCGCGGAGCGUAGCCUCGGGGUCCCUCUCGCCGCCGCCUCUUCCGCUCGUGGUCGCCGGGAUCCGCCGAGUUGGAUCUCGAGGCAUAAACGUUGCGGGCGCCCGGCGAGGAUACGAUGCCUGCGGUGCUCGCCGCGUUCGCCAGCCUCCGCGCGGCAGCCGCUAUCGCCUCCAGGGACUCCGCCUUCCCCUUCUCCCACCGCCUCAAGCAAUCGUCCUCCUCCCAUCGUUUUAGUAGUAAUUUUAGAAGUAGUAGUAAUUGUCUUUGACCUUUGCCUUCCCCUCAUCGCCCACGCCCAUCGGUCGUAACCUCGCGUCGUUAGCGGUAUCGGGUUCGAUCUGGUUGUUCUCGAUCCGAGGCUUGUCUGGCUGUGAGGGUUAGGUGCUCGGUCUCGGGCUUCCCUGGUUGUCGGAGUUUGGUGUGGGUUCGAAAGGAAGCGAUUUUGGGUGUUGGACGUGGUGGUUGCCGUUGCUACGACAAAAGAGAAACUUCUCUUCUGAAUUUGGGAUUAAGCUUGUGGAUGGGCGAACCUUUGGUGGACUUCAGCGCUGAAGGUGUUAGCAGCAGCUUAUGUUUCUGCUACAGCACCUGUGAAAAUCCAGGUUGUGAGCACAGCUGUGCUUGCUGCAAAGAUGGAGAUUUUGAAGCUGAAAUAGCUUAUGGGCAAGAUGACUUGGUUGUUGAGGAAAUUGGAACAGCUCUUUCCGAAGUGACGCAUGUCUAUGAUGAUGACGGUCCUGAUCUAGGUGAAAACUAUGAUGAAGAUGAUGACCCACUUCUUUGUCUGGAAUCUGAUUCAACUGAUGAUUUAGUGGAUGAUGACACUGAAGUGGUCAUAUCACCUGCCUUCCCUAGUGGUGAUGCAUCUGAAUCAUCAAUUGGCAAAUCAGAUGAUGGAAAUUCAACUAAUGGCACUCCAAAGCUGGUUUCUGCAAUAAAAGGAACCCGUGCAAAACAGGGAAUCGUCACAAAGUUGAGCGUUUCAUGGGCCCCUGAUGUGUAUGAUCCUCCUGUUACUUCUGACUCUCACACUGUGAGGGAACACCAUAGUAGUUCAAGGAAGGGCCACUACAAAUACAAGCCCUCUAAGAGCAACAGCAGCAGCCGCAGUACCACUGGCAGCAAAAAGGACAAGAAGCAUUCUCGCCACAGUAGCAGCAGCAGCAACAACAAAAAAGAUAGGAAACAUGCUUACCGCAGUUCCAGUAGCGGCAUCAGCAGCAGAACUGAUUCUAGUGUACCUCAAUAUCUUAAGGCAUACAGCGCCAGCCGCGGUGGUGGCAGCAGAACUGACACUGGCUGCCUUGAAUCUGCUAAGGUAUCUCCAUUGGUGCCAGCUGAUAGUGCCGCACUGCCAGAGGUCGUGCCUAUGCUUAAGACCAUGGAAGAAAUCAAAUGCGGCACCAGCUGCUCCAAGGAGAAGCCUUUCACCUUGCUGUCGCGCCAGUUUUCUCCUGCAAGGUACAAGGGGAUGUUCUCCUUUUGGAACCAAAACCAGCUGGCUUCGUAAUCAUCACUUGCUGCCGUACGGUGCUCAAUUGGAAGUCUUCGUUGGUACUUAUGUUUUACCAGUGAGGUCGUGGUUUGGUAUCGUUCUCUUCGUCGCUCUGUUUAUGCCUGCCUUUGAACUUCAGAAAUCUAAGUUUUCAAAUAUUGUCGGUCAAAGUACUUGUACAUUUGAGCUUGUUUCCUAUAUUUCCACAUUCUUUCAUGUAAUUUUUACCUAUUUCAUGUGUAUUUGAUUGUCUGUUUGCA